AUGGCAAAAAGCACUUUAUUAGAGCGGUUAGAUGCACUCCAUGAGAAACUGGUAGCAGUUGGAGCUGACUUAGAAUCUUCAGUAAUUGCUUAUUCUACAAUAAUGUGGAUUGUUUUCAUUAUUGUAGGUGUGAUGAGUGCUGAAGUUAAUGAUUCUAAUCCGUAUAGUCGAUUAAUGGCUUUGAAAAAAAUGGGUAUUGUUAAAAAUUACGAUGAUAUUCAAAAAAAAACUGUGCUAAUAGUUGGUGUUGGUGGUAUUGGAAGUGUUGUUGCCGAAAUGUUGACAAGAUGUGGUAUUGGAAAGCUUAUAUUAUUUGAUUAUGACAAGGUCGAGCUGGCUAAUAUGAAUCGUCUGUUUUAUCAACCACAACAUUCCGGCAUGUCUAAAGUAGACGCAGCUCGAAACACAUUAAUGUCGAUCAAUCCUGAUGUCAGUUUUGAAACAUAUAAUAGGAAUAUAACGACUUUAGAGAACUAUCCUGUUUUUACUGAUCGAAUCAGGAAGGGAAGUAUUACUGGAGAAAAAGUUGAACUUGUUUUAAGUUGCGUGGAUAAUUUUGAAGCUAGAAUGGCAAUUAACACUGCGUGUAAUGAAGAGAAUCAAAUAUGGAUGGAAUCUGGUGUGAGUGAGAAUGCGAUAUCUGGCCAUGUACAAUAUAUGUAUCCAGGACGUACUGCAUGUUUUGCAUGUGUACCUCCUCUAGUUGUUGCCUCAAAUAUUGACGAACGUACACUAAAACGCGAAGGAGUAUGUGCUGCGUCGUUACCUACCACUAUGGCUAUUAUUGCUGGCUUCUUGGCACAAAAUGCUUUGAAGUUCCUUCUGUGUUUUGGUGAAGUUUCUGCCUGCUUAGGAUAUAAUGCUCUCUGUGAUUUUUUUCCCAGACAUCAAAUAUUGCCUAAUCCUAAUUGUGAUGAUCGUUUUUGUCGGCUAAGACAAGAAGAAUACAAGAAAAUUGAAGGAGACAAAACACCUAAGUAUCAUGAAAGUGUCGACAAGGAGAAGAUAGCACAUGAAGAUAACGACUGGGGUUACUGCUCAAUCAUUACAGGAAUUGAAUUAGUGGAUGAAUCAAAUGAUGUCAGCAGUGAACGGCAUGAAGGACCUGCUGAAGGGAUACAAUUUGCCUACGAUAAAACCUCCGCUAAGACGGUAUCCUCUCUUAACAACAUAGGCAAUACGUGA